CGGCUGCUUACUCUGCAGGUAAAUCUUCUUUGCUUUUUAUCCUCAGGUAGUCCGUGGCAACUGCAGGCAUGGCCCAGGCCGCAACGUGCAGCGCUCACUGUUCAAUUCCCGGCAGACUCAAUCUCAACCACCGUGCAUUGCCCAGAAGCACAGCUUUGAAUUGCGCCAAAUCAUUUCACAAGAGCAGAUUGAUCAGCGUGAGAGCCAGUGUGCAGGCUGAAGAUUGUAAUGAAGAAGAGUGCGCCCCAGGAAAAGAGGUUGGAAAGGUGAGCAUGGAGUGGGUAGCUGAGGAAAAGACCAAAGUUGUAGGUACAUUUCCACCUUUAACAAAAAGAUGGACUGGCUAUGUUGAGAAGGAUACAGCUGGACAGACCAAUAUUUACUCGGUUGAGCCAACAGUUUAUAUUUCAGAGAGUGCAAUAAGUUCUGGUGCAGCUGGAACAUCGUUGCAGGGAUCAGAGCAAACGGCUACUGUUGCCAUUAGCUUAGGACUUGUUAUGCUUGGAGCAGUCUCAUUAGUACUUUCAGAAGUUGGGAACGAUCCCCCUAAAGCUGAAAGUACUGAGUACUCGGGUCCUCCUCUUAGUUACUACAUCAAGAAGUUCAACAAACCACUUGUAAUCGAGACAAUUGCACCUGUUGAAAUUCAAAGUGCUCCUGCACCAGAGUUUUCUACUGCUGCAAGUGAGGCAAAUGGACAAGCAUUCCAAGGUGAGUCUGAUGCUUCUACAGGUACCAAGUUAGAAGCUGCUGUAUCGGCCAAUUCUUGAUUUGAUAGGAAGUUUCUCUGGCAGCAUAGAGUUCCUCCAUUGGAAGAUUCAAUUCCCAUGUCCAAAUUUGCCUUGCUGGUUAACUUUGUAGGUUUAUAUAGGUUUGACAUGAGCAGAAUAGCUCAAAUAUUACUUGACAGGCUUCGACAAGAUAUGUUGAAGAGAUCUAUAUUAGAUGCCUAACUUUUGGUGCUUGCUGUUUAUUUGCAUUGCAUGCAUAUGGCUAUCUGAUUUGCCAUCUAAUGAUCUCAGCCAAUUCCAAAUUUGGUGAUGCAUUAUUGUAUUUGGCCUGCUUACUAGAAUAAGAUAGGGAAUGCACUGAUUCUGGGUUCUUUACCUCUGUAACGUGCUAAAGGGGAUUAGUACCAUUUAGAAUACAUCCAUGUAUAAUAGCAGAAAGUUUAGACCAUGAUCGUAUAAUGAUCUUCACCCAUUCCAAGUC